GUAGUGCUGUUACCCAGCCAGCCCUUGUUGCGCCAGUCAGUGAUCAACCGGAGAGUAGACAUGCUGAACCGCCAGUGCACGCAGGAUCCUGCCUAGGUUUCUUAUGAGUUUGUGGAAGAGCAAUGAGUUAUGACGGGGAGCAAGUUUAAUACCGAACUUGUCUUUGGUAUUUGAGUCGCAGAAAUCACAGUACCAUAAAAUCAGUUGAAGAGAAAUAGUUGAGCCAACCGGUCUGACAGUCAGCGUGAAGGAAUGGCAGCUCCCCGGCCGAUAAAAGGCAUCCUGAAAAACAAGAACAGCGGGACAAACGUGAAAUCGCUGCCCGACGACGUACAGGCAGAGAGUCCUGAACAAGCCCCUGCACUGUCGGAGGAUGACCAACAGAAGAAAUCCCAGAAAUGGGACGAGAUGAACAUCCUGGCCACGUACCAUCCAGCCGACAAAGACUAUGGCCUGAUGAAGAUCGAUGAACCCAGCACACCUUACAACAGGAUGGUGGGGGACGACGAUGAUGAGGGCGCGCUGAGUGACUCGGACGGCCACAGCGGACUCGCAGCUGAUGACCUGGCAUCAAAGCUGGUGGCAGCAGAGGGCUCAGAGCCUCGCUUCAUGAACAAGGAAGAAGAAGAAGAGGAGGAAGAAGAGAGCAGCGAGGAGGAAGAGGAGCUGACUCCUGAAGAACAAGCCAAAAAGAAGCAUUUUCAGAUGAUGAGGAAGAUGCACUACAACGAGGGCAUGAACAUCAAGCUGGCCCGCCAGCUCAUUGCCAGCGAGCUAGAAGACGACGAAGAUGUAGACGAAGAGAUGAGGGACGACACCGAAGAGGCGAGGGAGGACACAGAGGAGACAGAGGAGAUCAGUGUUGACCCGCCACAGGAAACUGAUUCUCUGGACUCGUAGAUGAGGCCUCUCUCCCACCUUUAGUCCUGUGUGUCGACUCAAGAUCCAGACAGACAAUGCCACUGCGCUCUGUGUUUUAACGCUGGGCCGUACAGCAGACACCGCUACACCACCCAUAUAACGACCCUCAACAGCCAAUAACCUCCCGGUCACCUGUCUGUCUACUAUUCCUUAGAACUGUGCAAUAUAACCUUCAGACACACUGGUUUUUAACUCCCAGAAUCAGUACAACACACAAGUGAAGACUUUUGCUCCCUUCUCCUCCUCCUCUCUCCUGUUGCCAAGAAUCCCCCCCCCUGGACUGGUGUCGCACUGAAGAAUAUGUGAUUCUGACCCUGAAAGGAGGAUCAAGGCCUUUAAAAAAAACAAACAAAAAAAAAACCCAACAACAACAAAAAAACAAACAAACAAAAAAAAAAAAAAAAAAAACUGCAGGACUCCCGUCUGGCCGCUCCACAAUCCCCAGGCCACAGAGCCAGUACGGCAGCCCUGGAGGAAGCCAGGGGAAAACCCACAGCCUCGCUAAAGACAUAUCUAAGACAUGAUGAUGGCGCUUCAAACGGUUUUUUAUUUUUGGUUUGUUUUGUGACCCACCACUCUUCUCACAUUUUCUUUCCUCCUUCAGAAAGUUUUGUGAUAAAAGUUGGAUGCCGUGAUGACCAGUUAGGUUGUUUUUGUUUUUGUCCCCAUGGCUUACCUGGUAAUUGAGGUAAGCUGUUCACAUUGGCAUAGUGGUGUUACGAUAAUUUAGGAGCUAUAUAUUAGUCUAGUAGUACAAGACAACAUAACCUACUUAAUCUAAAUUUCAUUAUUAAAAAAAUCCAAAUUUGACAUCAUACAACAAUACAUGCUAUUAAUUGACACAUGUAUGCUGUGGUGUCUCACUUUGAUGCUUGCAGUCAGCUAUGGCUUUUUGCUUAAGAGGAAGUAAAACAACACAGAUUGUAUUAAGUAUUAUAUUGGUACUUAACUGACUUUGCCCCAGGACUUCUAAUUUUACAUUCCCACCUUACAAGCAAGAACACCACACAAAACCUCAUUUCAAAUUCUGGCAAUUUUAAAAACAUGUAUACCUCACAGAACAAGCCUGUAGGCCUUUUUCUAAAUUGAAUCCACUGAUAAAUUUGGCGUAUAUGUUGUUAAAACUCAGCAUUUAAAAAUAUUGCAAUUCUUGCUCCUCCACAUCAGUUUAUUUUGUGGAAGAAGAUUGCAGGACAAAGCCUGUAAUCAUUUUCAAAUGUUCAGUCAAGACAGGCUUAUGGUCCCUGUGUUUUUCCUGGCCAUAGCAGUAAGGCAAUGAAAUUGGCUCUUAAGACAUUUACCUCUUUAAGACAGUAGGAGGGACAGUAUUGAAGUCUCACAUCUGAGGUAUAGCACAUGCUACUGAUAAACCGGACAGUGCCCUGUCUUUAACAAGCUACAGCUUUCAGCACCAGGCUCUGAUGUAGAUCUGACAAAGAAGAAACCAGCGCUCACUGUGCUCUUGCUCAAAUGACUUGUGUAUUUAACUUCUCAUCGCAUGGGAGCUUCACCAGACAGAAUUUAUAAAUUAUUUUGAGGAAGGUACAAUCAUCUAGUUUGUGUUUAAUUUCUCACCAGGCUUAAUCACACUUUAUUUAAUGUUGUCUGAUCUACUUAAGUGUCUUGAACGUCGCAGCUUGGGAAUGUCAAAGAAAGAGUUGUUAUUGAUGCUACUGACUUUAGUUAAAGCGGAUGUUGGCGGUGGAGUUAACCACUAUUAUUGGAGGUGUUUCAUGGAUUUUUGUAAUGUCCGGGGUUCCUACAAGUGUCAAGAAAGUUACUACAAAGUCUUAAAAAACUGUAGGAUUUGACAAAAGUAUUGAUGAAAAAAGAUUAUGACCCUGGUGCGACCUAAAUUGCACUGUUAAAGUUGUUGACUGACUGUUUCUGGGGAGUUAGUUAUCCUCAGCUACACACUGUAUAAGACUCUCUGGAUAACACCCAGAGAGAAAAGUAUGUAGGAACCCUGAGUAUGUCUAGUGUUGUGAUCUCUUAAUCUUCGGACCCUUUAAUUCCGCACUGUGAUUGAAAGUGUUCACAGUUCACAGACCAACGGUGUGACUUCUGCAGACACCCCUUUGCAGUUUAUUUGUUCUUGUAGUUUAGUAUUUGGUGGCAUUUUCUCUCCACGUUAAGGGUUAAAGCUACUUCCUUUUGACCAUUUCCACCAACCAACAAGCUCGCAUUCGAGCAGUUAAUUAUCACAUGAUUAUUGUAGAGAAACAGGAAUAUGUCUGGAAAUACAGAUUUUAUUUUGGUCACUGAAUUUGUAAACCGAUAGAAACGACAAGCUGAUAUGAUUGGUUUAUCUUCUCACUUAAGACAACAGGACAACAUCGUCCAAAACAUGACUGAAUGAUCACCCCGUCGGUGGUUACCUGUCAGAUGUGCCUCUUAUGUAUUUAUGUACAUGUGUGUAAAAUGAACAGGCUAUGCUCCAUGUUACUGUUUGUUUAUUUAGUUUUUUUUGCCUCACGUGUCCAUAGUGUCGCUUUUAGUUUUUGCACCACUUCUGCCGUUUGGUUUGUUUUCUAAGGAUGACAGACUGUUAAGCAGUCCCAUGAUGCUGCACUGUGUGUCUGUCUCAAAAUGACACAGAUGUCAAAAUCCAUGUGUUUUUUUGUAUUUCCAGUUUGCAUGUUCUUAAUCAUCAGAUCGUGUGUGUUCUGUUUUGUUUAUGUCUCCUGUCAUUAAACAAAUGUUGUUAGGAACUAA